UUGGAGGCCCAGGCGAAAGCCGAAUCCAAAGUAGAAAGAAAUUUCAGGUUGGAGGCCCAACUGAGAGCCCAAUUAAGAGGGAUAUGCAAUUCCAGGCUGGAGGCCCAGGCGAAUGCCCAAUUAAAAGGGAUGUGCAAGUUCAUAUUUUUAAACCACAGAUACCAUAGACACGAUCACGAAAAUAUAUCGACAAGCAUAGAAAUGCUGCAUCUGAUCGUGCAUACUUUGAAACUUAGCCCAACUGAGAGCAUGGGCGUGCACAAUCUUAUAAAUCUGCUGUUCCUAUACAGGCUGAAUCCAUGCAUAUUGGAUGACCUCUCUAAAAAAGCAUACAUAGAGAUAUACAUGAAAUCCGCGUCAGCACAUAUAUUAAUGCCGACGUCUUUCGCCUAUAACCGGAAAUCCAUCAUGCUGUAUCUGACCUCGAUUUUUAACAUAGACAGUAUGAUGUCUACCCUGAACCCAUGCAUGCUUUCUGACCAAACAGACAUUUUAAUACGUCUGGUUUUUGGCCUUUACAGAAAUCUGCGUAGAAUCCACCCAGACAUUGCAGAGUUCGACAAGAACCCACUUGCAGAAAUUUAUAGAAUCAUCCAUCUUAUUCUUUCAGACUUCUAUAAUUUGGUUUAUAAUUACAAUAGAACCAUAAGAUUUAAAGGAAGAUACAGAUUUUUUUCGCUGAAGUACCUAAAGUACGUUUUUGCUAGUUCCGCCAAUCCCCAUGCCCGGAAUCCUUCGGUAUUCGAUAAGAUAAACGAAGUGGCUAUGGAUGUAAGCCAAAAAAAGAGAGUAACGCGUAUAUUUGCUAUAAAGCUAGACUAUAUAUACCCAAACAUUGCUCAUGUCUUAUUCACAUAG